GCGGGGCGGGGCCGGGCGGCGGUCACGUAGCUCAGGUUUCCGGGCUGCGGCCGCGGCGCGUGCUAGUCUGUGCGUCCGUCCGGGUGCCGGUGCCGCUGCCCCUCUGCCACCAUGCCGAUGUUCGUCGUGAACACCAACGUUCCCCGCGCUUCGGUGCCGGACGGGUUCCUGUCGGAGCUCACCCAGCAGCUGGCGCAGGCCACGGGCAAGCCGCCCCAGUAUAUCGCGGUGCACGUGGUCCCGGACCAGCUCAUGGCCUUCGGCGGCUCCAGCGAGCCGUGCGCGCUCUGCAGCCUGCACAGCAUCGGCAAGAUCGGCGGACCGCAGAACCGCGCCUACAGCAAGCUGCUGUGCGGCCUGCUGGCCGAGCGCCUGCGCGUCAGCCCGGACAGGGUCUACAUCAACUACUACGACAUGAACGCGGCCAACGUGGGCUGGAACAACUCCACCUUCGCCUGAGCCGCGCCGGCCCGGCCCGGGCCCGCCAUCCGCAGUGUUCACGCCCGCCCGCCCCCAACACCCGGUCCUCCUGCCGGGCAAAUAAACGGUUUAGAGACCA